AUGGCCCCCUUCACCAAGAAACGCAAACUCGUCGACCGCCCCGUGGAGGAGCUAAAAUUCGACUCCUCCGCCCGCGACGAAUACCUCACAGGCUUCUCCAAGCGCAAAGCAGCACGGAAAGAAGCCGCAAAGGAAGCAGCGAUAAAGCGCGAUAAGGAGGAGAAAGUGCGCGAGCGAAAGCAGCUACGAGAACAACGCAAAGAAGACCUCGAAUCCCACGUCGCAGCUGUGAACGACGAACUCCGAAAACAAAACGCCAUCCUAAACGGCGAGGAAGACGAAGAUGAAGAUGCCUUCUCCGGCUUCGACGACACAACUACAACUACUCCAGUGACGAAAGAACCCGAGGAGGAACUCCUACCAGACGAUGCAGAAUAUAUUGACGAAGACAAGUACACAACCGUCACAGUAGAAGCCAUGGGUGACGAAGACGAUGAAGAAGUGGAUAAGGAGCCUGAGAAAGCAAAGUACGCGGCAAAGGCAGAGACGGACAAGAAACCGCAAAGGAAGAAGCGGCCUUGGGAUGACAAGGAGAAGGUCAAGAAGAAGAAGUUUAGGUAUGAGAGUAAGGCGGAGAGGGCCGUGACUCGGCAGAAGCAGAAAUCGCAGAAUAAGAAGUUUGCCAAAGCCCGGCGGGAGGCUUGA